CAUUGAGUUAAUAAUGACUCUCAACAUAUAAACAGUAGAUGAAAUAACAUCUCGGAUAGUUUACACUUUUUAUUUAAUUUUGAAAGAUCAGAUUCAUUGAUAGUUUUUAUCGUAUAUAUUUGCGGGAGAUAGUCCAUUUCUUUCAACAUGACUCAUGAAGGCCCAAACUAUCUUAGAAUCAAGGAGACUGGCAUUACUGCUGACUCAAGCUCUUACACCGAAGAUCGUCUUCGCGGUGUAGCACCAACCAAUGGGUUCAAAAGGAUUGAUCGAUUUAACCAGCAUCAUUUUGUCAAAGUGAGUUCCAGUAACCCACAAGUCACGAUAAUGUUCCCAGUCAGCAAUCGUGAAGUUCGGUUUAGGGCAUCAGGCAUAGACAACCCCGGAGAUGAACUCCGAACUGGCUGCGGAGCUGAGCACAGGUAUAUAAUAAAAAUGUUUCCCACAUUGCAUGUUUACUGGUAAAUUAAGCAUGUGUUACAAUAUUUCAAUAGUGAACUGGAAUGCAUACAGCUGGAGAGCAGGAAAUUUAGUGACGCCCUAGUUAAUCAUUAAAUGCUCUCACAAAAGUGCCACAGUAAAGUGAAAAUCAUACUCUGCAAGAUUGACGAAGCUCUAGCUUAAAUGAUUUUAAAUAAAGGGCUAACCACAACUAAAAACUUAGAAAUUUGCCUUCCGAACGCCAGGUCAAACUGUUCGCAAUGUUGUCAAAGACUCAAAAUGGUCGCGAAACGGAAUGACUUUCAUGUGUGUUUUGCUGUAAAAUUACGACCAAAAUCUUAAAUGAGGUCAACCAAAAAGAUGAACAAAAUUAUAGUAUAGAAAUCAACGAAUAUUAUAGUGAAAAUAGACGAAAAGUAAGCGAGACCUGUUUGAUAAAUUUAUUGUGUAAAUGUCAUAUUUUUCCCCUGAACUUUUUCUGUAUAAACAUUAUAUAAAUCUUAUGAUUAACUCGAAAGAUUAAUCAUACUAAGACCAUUAAGUGUUCGCUAGAUUUCUUAAGUCUACAUUUCUGUUUGAAUUGAACAUCGAUGUUUCAUAAUUUUCACGAAGGAUGCGAUAUAUCCCUUGUUGAAACAAAAGGUUUUUCAUUCAUUUGAUUUCCUUGUAUACUAAAAAUGUUGUGAAGUUACAAAUUAGGAUCUGUGCCAUCCUUUUUCAGUAAUUUUCGGUUUAUUUCAUUUGUUUCAAAGAAGAAAUUACCAAUUGGUCAUGUUUUUGUUGCGAUGAUAAAAUUUUAAAACAUUAAUUUUAGUGCUCGCGCAUGCGCAGACGUUUUUCUGCGGUAUUGAAAUAAGUUAACUAAAUAAAAAAGGCAACAGUCAGUUUCGUGUAUGGCUUAAUGUAUCGUAGGAUAUUCUAAAGCGCGGAAAUAAUAACUUAGAAUGGUUCUCCUUGCAGGUGGUGUGAAGCUACGUUUCUCUACCAAAAAUCUGGCCCUCAGUUCUGGGGUGGUGAACAUGUAUGGGGCAAGUUCACUUUCUACGAAGAUAAUGACAUUUCCUCUAAAUGCACCGACUGGAAUAGGUGGGAACGGGCAUUGGACACCGCACAGAAAGGAGUGAGUUUGGCGCAAUCUGUCAAAUCACUUGGUGGUUAUUAGGAUCUUCAGGCGACACGUUUCUGUUGUAAGCAUAUUUGCAACAAACUGAACUUUCUUGUCAUUUUACUGUAUUUUCUUUUUUUUAAAAAAUGACUUCUUUAAAUAGUAAAUAAAAUGUAGAUCGGUUGUUUAGGUUUUCUCCUCAUAAUUUUAAUUAAACGUUCAAAUUACAAAAUCUGC